AAGCCGCUUUGCAUCCAUCAUCACCGCCGUGAGUAUCGCUGAUCGCUGUCGAACCUGACGUCAUCCGCAAUGAGGGGAGGGGAGUGCGUGUGACGUCUUACCAAAUGCCGCUUCGAUCGGAAAGUGAGCAGUGCGAGCACAACUGAUGCGAAGCAUUUCACGCACUGAGGCAACGGACAAUACGCCCCUCAGCCGCCGCCGCCAUCCCACUGCCACCCAAGGUUUUGGGGGUGGAAGUGAGAGUUGUGCUUUUGCUUCUGGCUUUCGGUGGCUGAGGUUGAACCGUUCGCGGUCAGUUGUACUAUUGCCCCGUGCGAGGAUAGAGAGCGCACAGGCGCGCGACAAUCAACACGAACCGUGACACGCUGGUGAAACGAUACGCGAGUGAGCGUGAAUAGAGCGUUGACUAAUCGAAUCAGCAGCAUGGUACCGUCGGGACCAGCAGGUGUUUGGAAGAUGCUGCCAAGCACCAGGACAGGCAGGGUGUUCGCUUUCGGGCGGCAACAUUUACUACUCUUGCUGGGUUUAUGUUGCCUGCUGCAACUGUGCCUGCUGCCAGGCUCUGCCAACGCUACCUCAAUGUACUACAAGAAAGUUAGUGGAGAAAAGUAUGAACCAGACUGGGUGCCCGUAUCGUCCACGGUGAUACCUUUGGUGGAGCGUGUCGUCAGCGUGGGUGCGCGCACGAAGCCGUCCGCCGGUGCGGAUGGUUCGCAACACCCCGGAGCGGCCCGUUUGCAGUCGGCGGACGAAAGCUACAAACGCGCGUACGUGAAGCACAUCAGCAAGUUCACGAAGAUUGGCACCGCCGGAGCGUUGGUUCAGCCGGGCACGCUCAUUACCGGUAAACAGGCCGCAAGUGCAAAGGAUUAGGAGCUGCCUCGGUGUGGACGGACGUAGGAGCCAACGGGGCGGAAUGUGGAGCGGAAACUGUGCGCGAUUUCACCUCAAGUUCAAUAUAAUCAGCGUGACUAACGUGUUCCAAAUGUUGUGCUAAAGUUAAUCACUAAUUCGCUAAGUGUUGAUAUUAAUAAACGUUAAACCUACCGCGUAUGUGUCGCACGGAGCUCCCUCGUAUGUGUACUAAUAAAAUUAAAACAAAAAACAUCU